AUGACGCGCUUUGCCGAGGGUCUAGGCCGUCUCCAAAGUACUCAGGUGGGUAACCACUGGGGAAUCCUUGGUGUAGUCGAGUCGGCCAAGAUGGCGGCCGUUUACGGGAACGCCUGGCUGACGCUGGCCGCGGUGCACUCGCGCGAUGGGGAAUGGCGAUGA